AUGAGUGAAAACGAUGAAGAAAUUGUUUCUAAAGAUACAAGCGCUGGAAAAGUUGAUGAGUGGAAGGCUGAUAUUGUUGAAAGAAUGAAAAAUAAUAUUUACGAUUCCAAACCUAAACCACCAAUCGAAGGCUCUAUCGAUAUUAAACAAUGGGCAAUAUUCCAAAAUAACCUAGAGCAUUUUGUUAAUUUUGAACCAAUUAAAUGGGAUUUAGUUCUUUUAGAUAAUUUUCUUGGGAAACAUUCUGAAGGCAGUACUCUCGAAGAAUUUAAAAAAUAUUUAGAAGAAAAAGAUAAAAUGGCCGAACCAUCAAAAAAAAAUAUUAAAGCAACAGAUAAAGUAACAGAUAAAAUAACAGAUAAAGUAGCAGAUAAAGCGAGGAAUUAUUAUACGAACGUAAAAAAACGUAGUCGUAGAAGUCGUUACACAAAAAAUUUACUUAUAAUUACAAGAAUUCUAAAAGAGAAUAACAUACUGGAUUUAAGAGAAAAAUUUUUUAUAAGUUCAAGAGUUACAAAGACUACUUUAUCUGAUAAGGAUAUUUCUCCAAUUAUCGAUGAGUUUGUAAAAAUGGUGUUAGUAUUCCAAUUCAUGUAA